GGGAAAACCACGCACCCCAUCAGUCAUAAGUAAACAAGAACAAUGCAUGUUCUAAAUUUAGUAACACGCUCGCUGAUCACAUGAUGACGGAUCAGGCACCGGGGUAGCAAGGUCGAUCUCACCGAUUAUCCUCAAGCUGGUUUGUUUACCUCAGCAUAGUUUUGCGUAACUUUAUCUGAUGCUGCAGCUUCAUGUGUCAAGGAACCUGCCAGCUGCUAUGGGUGUUGUGAUAUUGCUAACAGCAUUGCUUUGCGUGCAGAUAUGCACCGCUCAACAAAUGCCAUCCUACUUCCAAAAAUUUGCCAUGGCAAAAGCUUCAUCAUCCAGCGCAGAAAAAUCUUUUGUCUCAGAGCAGUUUCUUGAAGAUUUUCCAUCUUAUUAUCCCCAACACGCUUUCAAGAAGAGCUGUUUAAUGGAAUUGAUGAUUUUUUGUCUGGUAACAACACUGCAGGUAUAGCAAAUGUUUCCAAACUUUGCUUCAACCAGACAAGACAUAUUUUGGUAGGUUUGGUAGGAGGAGAGCCUUGGGCACUUACAUUGCUGGAUAUCAUAGGCAAACCCCCACCUAACUUGAAAGGCUUAAACUUUGUUUGGCCUGGGGCAUACAAAGAGUGCUUCAACUUGACUGUAAAUGACAGCAACAGCUUAAUCCAGGCAGAAUUCAAGGGACAGUACUGUACAGCAUCACUGAUACUUUCUGAGGCAAUACCUUUUGCUGUUAUCAAUGAGGGACUCUGUGUACCCAAUUCUUGCUCAAGUGAAGAUGUUACUCUAUUUUUACAAGUUUUGGCAAGGAGAUGGAAUAAAGAAAAACAAGUAUCUGCAACAUGUCAAAAACCAAGCAAGCCUUUGGACAGAUAUGCUAUUGCAGGAGUGGUUGUGUGCAGUGUGUUUGCUGCACUGAUGGUGAUUGGCACGUUGAUAGAUAUAGUUGCCAUUCAAAUGCCUAAAUGGAGGUCCCAGGAAAUGGACAGCCUUGGCAUCAAUUCUGUGUUUGAGAAUGUACCUGAAGAAGAGAAGCCUUUGUUACUGGGUUUUAAAACAGGCAUAGCUUCACCUGAACCAGGCCUAAUUGUCCAGAUCCUGGUAUCAUUUUCUGUGUAUACAAAUGGCUCUAAGCUGCUGAGUACCACUCAGUCACACAACAACCUUGCCUGCUUGCAUGGGAUACGUUUUUUCAGCAUGACCUGGGUGGUCUUAGGUCAUACAUUCAUCACGCCACUUGGAGCUGCAUCAAACUUCUAUAGCUACUAUAUGGAAGUACAGGAUCGGUGGAGUUUUCUUGCCAUCUCUAAUGCAGUGUUCUCUGUGGAUACUUUUUUUGUGCUAAGUGGUCUUCUUGUCGCCUUCUUAUCAUUGAAAGAGAUGAAGAGAUGUGCUGGAAGAUUAAACUGGGCCAUUUUUUACUUACAUCGCUUUUGGAGGCUCACACCACCUUACAUGCUGAUCCUCCUUCUGUAUGUGUGUCUGGGACCAUACUGGGGAAGUGGCCCAAUGUGGCCUGACAAGCAACCAGAUCGAGACAACUGCAAGAUGUCAUGGUGGACCAACUUGCUGUACAUCAACAAUUUUGUAGACCUGGAUAACAGUUGCAUGGGCUUCACUUGGUACCUUGCUAAUGACAUGCAAUUUUACAUACUGAGCCCUCUCAUUUUUGUUCCAUUCUAUUACUCGGUGAAAUAUGGUAUGAUCGCAUAUGGAAUUUUUCUUACGGCAACAGUCGUCACCCCUGCCUGCCUUACUGUGGCAGACCAUCUACCAGCCAGCUUGUUCACUGCUGGUACUCAGGGUGUAGUGGAGAAAUACCAGCAUGAGCUGUACAUCAAACCAUACACUCGCAUGGGUCCAUAUAUAGUUGGCAUGGUAACAGGAUACCUCUUGUACCACUAUAAUUGCAGAAUCCAAAUUAAUAAGAUUCUGAAUCUGUUUGGGUGGAUAGUUGCAACUGCUGUGGGUUUGGCCGUGGUGUAUGGACUUUAUGAUGACUUUGAAGGUCAUAUUUGAGCGUGUCAUUGUCUGCUUUGUACAAUGCUCUCAGCCGCACAGCCUGGGGAGCCUGUGUAGCAUGGGUCAUUUUUUCCUGUGUUACUGGCAAUGGAGGAUUUGUGAACACUAUUUUGUCAUGGAAAGCACUAGUGCCCCUAAGUCGUCUGACUUACUGUGUCUACUUGGUACACAUCAUAAUAAUGGAAGCAUACUUCUACAGCAGAGACACCCCAUUCUAUGUCUCAGAUGAGAAUGUGGUGAUAGCCUUCCUUGGCCUUCUUUUAUUCUCCUUCAUGGUUGCUGCAGUUAUUUCCAUUGCAUUCGAGGCGCCCAUGAUGGCAUUGGAGAAGGUGCUUCUGAAAACUCUGAAGAGGAGAGAAUGAACUUUGCUAUUUCUACACUCUAUUUUUUUUUUUUUGCCACUGAUUUGAUGCAACACUGACUCGGGCAUAGGAAAGGGUAAGGAAGACGAUCUGAAUAUCUCAAGUGAGCUGUGACUGUAUUAAAAAUUUUUAUGUGUCAAGAUUAAGGAUAGAUCAUUUUUAAAUGCAGACAAAACUGUUUAAAACUAACAAAGACUUUUUGAUUGGUAUGUAUGAAUCACACGAUUUCAACUUGUUCAUUGGUCGUCAGUACACUGUCCAGUGCUUAUAGUGUGUGUGUGUGUGUGCACACAUGCACAUAUUUAUGCAUAAAGUUGUUUUCUUGCUCUUGUUGCAUUUAUUCAACAGAAUUAAAUAGAAUUUAAGUCUGUACUCAUUAAUUUUUUUGUGCAAAUACAGUCAUAAUUACAAAUAUUCUGUACAGUUGAAAAUAAUAAGUUGGAAUGCUUGUGGAGACAUUAGAUUCAGAUUGAAUUAACAUGUAACUUUCUUGCAUAACCUUAUAAAAUGCUUUCACAUAAAGUUGAUAGUUGUAAUUAUUUUACAGCUGAUAUAGUUUUGUACAUGAUGUUUAACAGAUUUGUGAUAUCUUUUCAGAGCUCAAAGUGUUGUUUACCUAUUUAGUAGCUGAGUUUCCUUAGGAUUUUUGGUGGAAAUCUUUUACUAGGAUAUUCUAUUUGACACUAUAUCAUCCUAAUUUGAAACACAAUCUCUAAAUGACAUUAGAUGAAUCUCAAUUGUAUGUGCCAUCUUUAUUAAAGAAAAAUAUUUACACCUUUUGAAUGUCACAGUUUAUAUUUUCCAGUGUUGUAUUGCAUAACACAUGUAGCAUUAAGGUUCUUUUAGAUAUACAUGUAUUUGUAAUUUUAUGACAUCACAGUGAGCUCACCCUCACUGAAUAAAGACGUUUUUAAGGAA